UUGCAGCUGAGUAUUUCAGAUGAUCAGCUGAUUGGCAGUUUGAGCAUCCAAAGAAGAGUUUUUAUUGCUUUAUGAACUUGAGAUUCAGCAGCAGUGCAGGUGAAUUUGUCACUGUGUACAGGCAGCUUUUGUCACCGUUGACGGAUGGAGGACCCGCUGCAGAGAAGCGUGCUGCGCUGCAGGAGGUGUCAGGAAGGCGUCAUAGACUCUGCGUGUUUAACGCAGAUUCCAGCUGCAGAUGAAGCCUCGGCUGAUGUUUGCAGUAUUUGGCACGUCAAUGUUGACACGUUGCCGGAGUGGAUUUUGACCUCAGUUCACCAAGCCCAGUGGACUGCAGGAAAACUGAACUGCCAGAACUGUGGGGUUCACCUGGGUGGCUUCAACUUCAUAAAUCGUAGUGAGUGUUCCUGCGGCACUGACACCUCCGUUCACUUAUGCAAAAAAUGCCUGGAUUAUGACCACGAGCACUCCGUCCUGAUUGUUCAGCCUUUAAGGACGAGGCUUGAGAGGGGACAGGCUGGUCUGUUAACACACAUGUCUCAAAAUAAAGAAGAGAGGUCUGAUUUUAACAGGACUGCUCUGGAAAGCUCUCAGAAUAACUGUGCUGCUGCCAUUCCCCACAUGAGUCCUGCAGAGGCCUCACAUCCACAAACUGAUGGAAAAGCUCCCAUAGGAGAAGGUGUCACUUGGAAGAGAGCUUUAGGUGGUUCUGAUUUUCACCCUGCUGUUGGUUCUGUGAGAUUGGAGACAGAUGAGUCUACAUUGUCACCUGUCUCAUAUUCUGCAAGCCAGCAGCUUCACACAGCCUCUUUUACCUGCCAUUCAUCUGUUUCUGAAGGUCAGCAGCUCCUGCAAACUGAGACUCCAGCUCUCCACAAGGUUGAAAGUGUGAGAGGUCCACUGCUGGAUGAGGAGGUGGGGGACACGGAGGACCUCACCUGCGCCAUGUGUCUGGAUGUCUACCUCAGUCCACGCUGUUUGACCUGUGAUCACGUCUUCUGCGAGCCUUGUCUUCGCAAGCUUGCCAGGAACAGCGGAGCAAGCGCCACCUGCCCUCUGUGCCGGACACUCAUCACAUCCACACACUUCCAUAAAGAGCUUGAUCAGAGAGCAAAGACCCUUUUCCCAAACCUCUACCUGGCUCGCAAGCAGAAUUUCGAGACUUCCCCCUGUAAAAAAUGGCCUCUGCCCGAAGGACCAAUCAUAAGAACCACAGACGACGACAUUCCCGUCCUUCAUUUUUACUUAUCGGAAUCGAACCCUAUUGCCUACAAGGUGUGUGAGAUGGGCUUCAUCCUUGCAUCGAGGUGUUUCCUGGUUCUGAUUUUCCUCUGGUUAACCAUGUGCUUCUUUUGAGACUUUGCAGGUUUAACCGUCAUGUUUUUGUUUCCUUUUUAAACUGGGUAAUGUGUAUUUAAUGGGUUCCACUUGUUGAAUCACAUGUCAGAUGAUGCACGAUAUCUGUGCAAUUGUUGGGGAAAGUUUACAGUAUUGAGUCUAGUAUGAUUAGAGUUAAAUUAUUACCUAAUGACUUUAAAAAUGAUCAGUCUGCUUUAAAAUGAGCUUCUUUCUUUUCCUUCUAACACAACGAAGGACAGAACCUCAAAACUGAGCUUCUUGUGACAGCUUCACUCAGGUCGGUCAUCACAUUGACUUCCUUGCUGGCAAUUUGAAUUUUGAACCCAAUGUUCUUGAAUCCAGAGGCGACCGUGCUUUGAGGUGUCACCUCAAGUUUGGCUGAAAACUCAGUUUUAUGGAUGAGCCUUUCUUUAGUUCACAGCACAUGCUUAUAUGGAAGUAAAGAGUCUAUAAAUGAAUGUAAGUACAAACUCUUGACUGUGUGUUUGUACUUUGGGGUACUUACACCUCAUUAAUGUGCUUUUAUCCAAACUGUGAAGCACUUUGUGUUUUCAAAAGUGUUAUUAUAAUUUGCAUAUUAACUAUAUGGUCAUGUACUGUGAGCUGUCCUGAUACACGGCCGAUGCUACAACCUGAGGCAGAGAGACAUUUCAUCCAUUAAAUUUAAUGUGUGGAAGUUAAGAUGUACCUUAUUAAAACCACUAAUGAAGUGCAAACAGUGUGGCAUUGUCACAGGAAUGUUCCUGUAUUCAUUUGGUGAUGCAGAAAAUAUAUAAAUGUUGUUCUACUUGAUUCUAAUGUGCUGCUAAGUCUCUUCCACACUGCUGGAAUUGCAGCAGCUAGAACACAGAACACACAUCA